AUGGAAACAGAUAAACUUGAAGGCUACUCGACUGUGACAGGAAAUUUUACAGUUCCUUCGAAUUCUACAUUUUGUAAACUUUCUAAAAUAGACGUUCAGGAACAAUUAGGGCCCUUUUGGAAAAUUGAGGAAGUUUCUAAUACGAAGCAAUCAGUUUACUCGGUAGAAGAAAAUAGUUGUGAGGAGCUUUCCGUAAAAAACUUUUAUAGAGAAGGUGAUGGCCGAUUUGUUAUUAAAUUAUCUUUAAAAAAACCUAUUUUGGGUCAAACUAGAGAUAUAGCUCUAAAACGGAUGAAGUCUGCAGAAAAAAGGUUGCAGAAUAAUAGUUACUUGAAUACGGAAUAUUCUAAAUUCAUUGAAGAUUAUUGCAAGUUAGGGCAUAUGUCUUUGGCAAACGAAUUUUUAAAAUCAGAAGUUUUUGAUGGUUCGUAUAAAUCAAUUAAUAACAUCAGUCUAAACGACAUUUUGAUGGUAGGUCCAUUCAUACAACCCGAUAUAUUCAAUACAUUGUUAAGAUUUAGAAAGCACCAAAUCACUUUUACGGCAGAUGUAGAGAAGAUGUACCGACAGAUUAAGUUACAUCCCUCGGAUCGACAAUUUCAACAUAUAUUGUGGAGAGAAGAUAAGCACAAAUUGGUUCAAGAAUAUGAACUUGAUACUGUAAUUUACGACUUAGGUACUCCAAAGCUACUAAAGGUCCACAUGUGA